CGGCCGCUCUCCAUCAUGGCCUUCGCGGAGAAACUGGCGCUUCAUUCCCCGAUGAUGUUCACUGGAUCCCCGUGAGAGAAACAUGAGCGAAGAACCAAACCCAAACAACGAUGACACUUAUGCGCGGGUGCGAGCGGUGGUGAUGACGCGGGAUGACUCCAGCGGCGGGUGGCUUCCUCUGGGCGCCGGCGGCCUCAGCUGCGUCACCGUACACAAGAUCAGCCACACGGAGCCAGACGCCGACGAGUUCCUCAUCCACGGAGAACGCCUCAAAGACAAAACGGUGCUCCUGGACUGCAGCAUACGGAGGGAUCUGGUCUACAAUAAAGUCAAUCCCAUCUUCCACCACUGGAGGAUCGGCAGCAUGAAGUUCGGCCUGACCUUCCAGAGCCCGGCGGACGCCAGAGCCUUCGACCGCGGCAUCCGGAGGGCCAUGGAGGACGUCACACAGGGUGGAGCGACUUACAGCGACACACACACACCUGAGGAGGAGACGCCAGCACAGGAGGCGGUGUGUGUGGAUACGCCGGUGCGGGACGUCUUCUGUCCUGAACCCUUCCGCUGCUCAUACACACGAGCUCAACCCUUCGACCCGGCGCUCACUGCAAACCAGCGCUUUCUCCCUCCACAGGUUUCCUUCAACAGCAGACGUCACGUGAGCUUUCAGAUGGACGACGAGGAGAUCGUCCGCAUAAACCCACGCAAGGACGUGCUGAUCCGCGGCUACGAGGACUACCGGCACCCGGUGCUCUGGAAGCAGGACCCUCAGCUCCCGGAGCCCGACCCCACCGCCACCUUCGCCAAACUGGACGGUAAGAAGUGCGAGUACCUGUUCUCCGAGGAGCUGCAGAAAGACUCGGUCAAGACGCAGCAGCCGUCGGGGAAGGCGUCCCGCAGGCGGAGGGAGGACGGCGAGCGCUCGCGGUGCAUUUACUGCCGAGAGAUGUUCAAUCAUGAGGACAACCAGCGCGGGCAGUGCCAGGACGCGCCUGACCCCAUCAAACAGUGCAUCUAUAAGGUGAGCUGCAUGCUGUGUGCUGAGAGUAUGCUCUACCACUGCAUGUCCGACUCGGAGGGCGACUUCUCGGAUCCGUGCUCCUGCGACGCCAGCGAGGAGCAGUUCUGCGUGCGCUGGCUAGCGCUGUUGGGUCUGUCUCUGCUGGCGCCCUGCCUGUGCUGCUACCCACCGCUGCGCUUGUGCCACCGCUGCGGGGAGGCCUGCCGCUGCUGCGGCGGCAAACACAAGGCUGCAGGAUGAACCGAGCCUCCAACGGGCUCUGAUUUCAGUUUCCGGAGACGGCAAAGCGCUGUUCACUGCUUGUGGAAGAGCGCCGUCUGUACGCAGAGCGCCGUCACGAGCUCCUGACGUGCGGAGGAAAGGCCGAAGUACGCACACAACAAACACCUGAAGAAAUAAUCUUGUGUCCUGUACAGAGAUUCUAACACUUAAGGGAUUCUGCCUCUUUAUUUUUCGUCAGUUAUUAACCGUGGCCUUUUUCGUUUGUUCGUUUCUUUGUUUGACGCUACCAUUACUAGCUAGACGGAUGGACGGAUGCACUAAUGUUGCAGAGCAUUAACGGUACGCUCACUCGGAGACUAAACCUUUCAUUGAUUACAGCAGACCAAUCGCUGGGCUUCUGUUCCUCAAUCAGGCACUUACGUGUAAUCCUGAAGCGAAAGCACUUGGUUUCUGCAGGAGCUCCUCCUCCGGUUGAGACGGUUUUUAACGAAGCAGAAGAUUUAACAUUGGAGAUAGCGUCCCGUGAUCUUACAGUGGAAUAUUAUAAGUGUUUUGACUUUACAUGCAUGUUCUGUUGAUGCAAAUCUUUUUAAAUCGACUAAUAAUCGGAUGUUUUUAAGACUUUUUUGCCGUAUUGUGCACAGUUGUAAAAAAAAAAACGUAUUUGAAACGUGUUUUUGGGAAAGAAAGACAAAAAUCCUGUCAUGGUUUACUUUCUAUGCAAGUAUUUCCAUGAUUCCUCUGACCUCUGCUGGCCGUCUUGUGAAGGUGCGCUCACGUUGGCGAAAAAAACAAAACGUCACUUUUAAACCAAUCGGAUUUCUCUUAGUCAUGUGACUAUAAUUGGCAGAAUCUCCCCAUUCACACACAUUCCUAUCGGACUGGAUUUGAGCGCGCCUUCACACACGGCCUCAACACUCGCUGUACAUACACUAUUGCGCAGUCGUGAGCGCUGCCGCCGGUACGUACGUACGUGUUCGAUUUAACGACAAAAUUAUGUACAUAGGUCACCUGUUAAUAUUGUUUCACAUUGAAAAGUAGUGGAGAUGGUGAAAAAAAAACGUCCGAGGUUUUAAUCGAGAUUCUCUCUAGUUUUGUAUCGUCGAAAGAUGGAAACGCGGAACAAACGCUUUGAAGCUCGUCUUAUGAAGCUGCUAGAAACAAUCACUAACUGCAUCGCACGAAUUGAAUUAAUUCCGCUACGGAAGACUGUUAAACACGACCUAGAGUAUCAUUUAACCUCCUUGUGUUGCUCUUUUCUUCUAAAUGUCGAUUUGUACGGUUUGCAGGCCGUCGGGUCAUGUGACCGCCAGUUUAAUCACGUGCUGCUAUUGUUUUAUUAUUAUUAUUAUUAUUAUUGGUGUUUGCUCAGUUAUCGCUCCACAAUGCGUAACACAACGGCGGCUCUUUUUCUGGGUUCUGAAAUGCCAACGUGAGCACGGUGUUAUUGACUAUAUCGCAGCGUAUCGGUGGUUUUCGUGCGCUUUCAGUGCCAUUGGCUUCACUCUCGACGACCCUGAAAAAGUGCCUCAGAUCCGUCACACACCGCCAAACGCUCUGCUUCUAUCGGUUUAUAUCUAUGUAUAGGUAUUUCUAUCCUGGUUUGAAAAUACUAAAUUUAUGAUGUAAUAUUUAUAGUUGCGUAACUCAUGUCAUAGUUGUAUUUUCUGUAUACAGAUGUAGCUUGUUACUUUCAUAAAUAUAUUAUGUAAAUAUAUGCAUACACAUGUUUGUAACUGUUUUUAUGUUACACCGUACACUUAUUACAUCAGUUAACAUUACCAUAAAAAUAAAAGGAGAAUUUAA